CCACGCUCGCUCAGCCACAUCCCACCUCCAAACAACCCAACACUCACCCCCCACCCCCGAACGCAAGCACGCGCGAGCGCUGGGGACGGCCACGGCGCCACCACCACCUGAGCCCGGCACCGGGGACCCACCGUAUACCUCACCACAUCGAUGACAAUGGCGGCUGCGCGGCUGCGCUCGGCUACCGCGGUGGCAGCGGCGGCGCGGGUCGUGGGCUGCGGCGAGGGGACAAGGAGGAUGCUCGGGACGGCGGCGGCGGCGGAGGUCGCGGAGGCGGGGGGCGCGAGGUGGGAGCCGAUGGGCGCGCGGGAGUACUACGACUACCGGAGGGCCAUCUACGGCGACAUCACCCAUAAGGCCAUCCUCGUCGACGCCGCCGGCACCCUCCUCGCCCCGACCGAGCCCAUGGCGCAGGUGUACAGAACACUCGGCGAGAAGUAUGGAGUUAAGUACUCGGAGGAAGAGAUCUUGAUGAGGUAUCGGCAGGCUUAUGCCCAACCAUGGGGUAGAUCACGGCUUAGGUAUGUUGAUGAUGGAAGACCCUUUUGGCAACACAUAGUUAGUUCUUCUACAGGCUGCUCGGAUUUACAAUACUUUGAGGAACUUUAUUGUUACUAUACAACUGAAAAGGCAUGGCAGCUCAUUGACCCUGAUGCUAAAUACGUUUUUGAAGCACUGAGAAGGGCUGGUGUGAGAACAGCUGUUGUAUCCAACUUUGACACCCGUCUUCGGCCACUUUUACAGGCCCUGAAAUGUGAUCACUGGUUUGAUGCUGUUGCUGUAUCUGCUGAGGUUGCAGCAGAAAAGCCAAAUCCAACAAUAUUCUUGAAGGCCUGCGAGUUGUUGGGCGUGAAACCUGAAGAGGCUGUGCAUAUUGGCGACGACCGUAGGAAUGAUUUAUGGGGAGCUAGGGACGCAGGCUGCGAUGCCUGGCUUUGGGGCAGUGAUGUUCACUCUUUCAAGGAGGUCGCGGAGAGGAUCGGAGUUAAGGUGGGAAUGGGCAACUCUAUGUGAUCCUCUACGCUUUACUGCAUAGCGGUCAGCGGCACUUCUUCGGCUCCGCAAAUCGCAACACACCGCUUCUUCCAGGCGAGCAUGCUCACCGAGCCGCCGGCGAUCCCCCCCUGAGGUUCAAUAAAAAAGGGCUGGGAGGAGGUGUUUGGCCUCCCCUUUGUAUAUAGCGCCGGCCCCUUCUUGCCCGGGUGUUCCUGGGUCGCUGGCUGUCCGCUGUACAUAGUUUCCAGUGAACUGAUCGGUAGCGUCUCGUCAGUGUCCUUACAUAGUACUACUCCCUUUGUAUUAGGCGCUCUUGUAUUAUGGGACGGACGAGUACUAUAUAUACUACUCCUAUAUUGCAGUGACAAUGGAUCUAUUCAUUUAAUCCAGCUCAGUUUUCCCCAUUGUGUAGUUCCUGCUUUGUGGUGUGACCCAAAAGAAAGAAAGGAAAAAAAGAGCCUGAUCGGACGUGUCAA